UGCUCAGCCAGAGCUAGCUCUACAGCUCCAGGGGCGCACCUCCCUCUAGCUAGUCAUACAAACAAGGUAGGCUACCUGUCCCUGUCUUAGCCUAGCCUUGUGUAAAACCAUUCCAGUUUGUCUUUGCAGUUAUUAUAUGCUUUCAAUUGCAUAAGUCCACAUCAGAAGUCAUCAUGUUUGUGUCUGGGGCAAGGAACGCCAAGAUUGUGGGCUUGUGUUCACUGGCCAAUUUUAUCAAUGCAGCAGACCGAGUGAUCAUGCCGAUAGCCGUAGUACCAAUGAGUGACACGUACAGCUGGAACCUUCAGGUUCAAGGAUGGAUUUUGAGUGCCUUUGCAUGGGGUUAUAUUAGUAGCCAGGUGAUUGGAGGAAAAGCCGCACAGAAGUUUGGAGGCAAAAUAGUGUUGCUGCUUGCGGUCUCAAUAUGGUCGGCAUCGACUUUCCUAACACCGAUUCUUGCCGAGUUUUUCAGUCUUCUCGUCUUUUCCCGAGCCAUUUUGGGAUUUGCGGAGGGUUUCUGCCUUCCCACCAUAUUUCACAUUUUCGCAAAUAAUAUUCAAGAAAAUGAACGCUCAAGGGCUUUUGGUUGGCUGGUAGCACUUGGGUCAGUUGGACAAAUGCUUGCUUCUGUGAUAUGUCCUCAUAUGAAUUGGCCAAUGAUGUUUUAUACGUUUGGAAUGCUUGGUUUUAUAUGGGUAGCUGUCUGGAUAGUGUUUUAUAAGGAUCACAUUGUCAGUCAACAAGAGGACCUCAUUCCACCAAAAGUUGAUACCAGAGCCACAGUUCGAUGGACGAGUUACAUCUCGCACCGUGCUCUAUGGGCCAUUUAUGCAGCGCAUUUUGCCAUGAAUUGGUCUAACUACAUAGUAAUGUCUUGGUUGCCGACGUAUUUACAACGUCAUCUAGGGGCCGACGCUAAGGACAUCAGCUUAACUGCUCUACCUUACGUUAUGAAUUCAUUUGUUGGAGUCAUUGCUGGGUAUUAUGCUGAUUCCCUGAUCUCUAAAAAGCAGUGGACGGUACUCUCUGUGCGGCGAUUAAUGACAAGCAUCGGCCUCCUUGGCCCGGCCUUGUUUCUUCUUCUGUUUAGUUAUGUAGAUAAUAUUGGUUUAGCUGUCUGUUUUGUUUCAAUAUCAUUGGGUCUGUGUGCGUGUAAUUCAUCGGGUCACAUCAGUAACCACGCCGAUGUCGCCGCAAGUCAAGCAGGCAUCACAUUCGCAGUUUCUAAUACAUUGGCUACUAUUCCUGGUCUAGCGGCAGGGCCGGUAACCGCAGCUAUCGUGGAAUACUCUUCAACGUGGUAUCCUGUAUUCAUCACAGCUUCGGGAGUGAAUAUCAUCGGCGCCCUCAUCUACUACAGUCAGAGCUCGGCCAGCCAAAUUCUGUGAGCACCGCCUAAAUGUUUUAUAACAAAUUAAUUCACACUUUAGGUAUUUAAAAUUGAAACUAUGUUAUAAAUUAACAUUAAUUUUUUAAUAAUAUAUUUUCCAUUUGUUUUAUGAAGAAUAAGUUUCUGAUAAUAAUUAACAUCACAUUGUCUCAUAUUUAAAAAACUACUUGUUCAACUUAAUGAGUAUUUUCAUAGAAUACAUAAUUUUUUUUAAACUAAACUUGCUGGCAGUCCAGCCAGCUGAACUAGCCCUUAACUGGAAAAAGUUAUUAGCAGUAUCAAUAUAUUUUUUAUUUGUUUUUUUUAAACCUCAUUUGCAAAAUAUCCCCAUAGAGUUAUUAGCAGCUGGAUUGACAGAAGAAAGGG